UCCGGUGCCAUUCAUUUGUUGCACAGGCAGUUAACGCGCACACGGACCAGAUACGACCCCCGACAACCGCCGACGCGUCCCCGCUACAGCGCAGCAGUCAGUGAACGGGCACGGGGAACCACCCUGCGCGCCAGCACGCACGCACGCACGCACGCACGCACGCGGGACAGCGGCAGCCCUCUGACGCGCACGGCGCAGCGCAACCGGCCAUACUUGGAUUUGACAGUUUAACGACGUUAAUCCCGCCUGUGAACAUGGAGCGUAAAAUCCCUGACUUUUCCGGCACCUGGCACAUGAAGAGCUCUGAAAACUUCGAGGAACUCUUGAAAGCCUUGGGCGUGAACGUGAUGCUGCGUAAGAUCGCGGUGACCGCAGCCUCCAAGCCGCUGGUGGAGAUCACGCAGGACGGAGAGACCAUGUCCAUUAAGACCUCCACCACGGUCCGCACCACCCACAUCACCUUCACUGUGGGGCAGGAGUUCAGCGAGAGCACGGUGGACGGGCGCCCCUGCACGAGCUUUCCGCGCUGGGAGACGGACAGUAAGAUCAGCUGUGAGCAGACUCUGCUGAAGGGAGAGGGACCCAAGACGUCCUGGACCCGAGAGAUCACCAACGACGGGAAACUGAUCCUGACCAUGGGAGCAGACGACGUGGUUUGCACCAGAGUCUACGAGCGGCAGUGAACAAGCACUUCUCAUUGGUCCUUCCAGCUCCUCUGUCCUGCGGAACCAUCGGCCUCUAGCUGUAUUCCAGUUCGUCUGUUAGCUUCACUGCGCGACGCGUGCCAUAGUUGUAUGUAGUCACGUUUCUACACAGUGGCCUUAGCUUCUGAGUUAGUUGUCUGAUCUCCCAGUUGCAUUGAACGUGACCAUGUGAAAACGUCUGUGGCUUUGUGUGUUGACUUGCUUAGCGACAGCUGUGUGUGUGUGUGUGCGUCUGUGUGUGCGUCUGUGUGUGCGUGCGUGUGCGUGCGUGUGUGUGCGUGUGUGUGCGUGUGUGUGCGUGUGUGCGUGUGUGUGCGUGUGUGUGUGUGUGUGUGUGCGGCUGCAGAGGAGAUUUGUCACCACGUCUAUGAUCUCCUACUUCCCGUUGCAGGUCAGUUCAGGUGCAUCUCCCUCUUAUUCCCUCAGCGCUGACUCCAACCUUUUCUAUCUCAUGACGAUGUUUUAUAUUUAUUACCACACUAGCGUCAGACACAGUAACACGGUUUUUACCUUGUAUUUCUUUUAUAUGAAAUGUGAUCAUAGGAAUCCAGCCUUUCUACAUGAAUCAAUAAAGCAUGACCUUAACCCUGGCGUUAGCUCCUUGCUCUCCUGUGCGUCAGGAGAUUCAAUGCAAACCCUGCUUGUGUUUUAUGGUUUGUGAGUGUAGCUGCUGAAUGUGUGCACAUUAGACGGCUCCAACUUAUUUUGGGCUUUCUCUCAGCUGUCUGCAACUAGAAUAACUCGUCUGUCCCCUCCCUGCUAGACUCCUCCUCGGCUGCUCCGUCCUCCUCUCCUCUUCAUGUCCACCAUCUCCACUUGCUCCAGUUCUUUUCUACACACUCUCCAGGGCUGAAAAUGAUUUCAUCUUGCUUUUGUCCACUUUUAUUAUGCAUUUCACAGAAAUAUCCUCAUCUUGAGAGCCAGCUCCUACUGUUGGACUCGGCCACUGCUGUUUUAUUUCCAUUUCAUUUGCCUGUUAGUCCACUUUGGUUCAUUUUCUCAAUAAAGUCGGACCCUGAUAGUUCAUGGGUCCAACUUACUUACUGUCUUUGUAUGUGGAGGUGUCAGACGUCCACAUCAUUUGUCUAGUCUGAACUCAGUUCUCAAGUAAAAGUACAAGUACUCCAUAGAUUUUUUUGGUCUUCAAGCACAUUUAAACAUUAAUACCAUAUGUAAAAUAUAGGACAUAAUAACAUAAUACCUUACAAUAUUGUCCUCAUAACUAGAUUUCUAUUAACAGCUAUUUGUUCCUGUGUGUUGAGGUGCUAGUGCUUAAUGCUAAUGCUAAGCGAGCACAGUUGAUGCUUCUUGCUACACGCUGCUACACUGUGUAAUCACUGUAGAAUGCACCAGACAAACAGGCCACAUAGGUAAAGCUGUAGUUGAAUGACUGGCCUCAGACUGAACAUGCACCACCACCGAUAAUGAGAGGGAAUCACUAGUGUCAUGUAUGAAUACUUCUAUUUGAUGGAUUUUGGAGAUUUUGGGUCACACACCGAUGGCCAAAUGAUAUAAAGGGUCAGGGGGCGUGGCUCCAAAUGCAGGAAAUGCCAA